GCCAUGGCCAGAAGGGCUUUGAAACUAGCUUCGUUUGCCACUGUGGCUGCUACCACCACUGGUUUAUAUCUGUACAGUAAUAAACCCCUGGAUCUCAAUGACUUUGGAUUUGUUCGAGUUGGCAGAGCAGUCGCCACAACUGCAGUUAUCACAUAUGACUACCUCACUUCCCUGCGGAGUGUUCCCCGUGGGACAGAAGAAUAUGACCAUGUCAAAUCACAGGUGCACCUGCGUUCCGCAGAACGUCUCCGAGAACUGUGCUGUACCAACCGAGGAACUUUCAUUAAAGUGGGACAGCACCUGGGGGCUCUUGACUAUCUCUUGCCGGAGGAAUAUACCCGCACACUUAAGGUGUUACACAGCCAGGCUCCACAGAGCAGCAUGCAGGAGAUUGAACAAGUGAUCUGGGAGGAUCUCGGCAAAGAGAUUAAAGAGUUGUUUGUAAGUUUUGAAGACACACCGUUGGGGGCUGCAUCUCUUGCACAGGUUCAUAAGGCUGUGCUACAGGAUGGAAGGACAGUUGCAGUGAAAGUCCAGCAUCCUAAAGUUCAGGCACAGAGCACUAAGGACAUCCUGCUAAUGGAGGUCCUCCUACUGGCUGUGAAGCAGAUCUUCCCAGAUUUUGAGUUCAUGUGGUUAGUAGAAGAAGCAAAGAAGAACUUGCCUCUGGAGCUGGACUUCCUUAAUGAGGGGAAGAAUGCUGAGAAGGUGGCUCAGAUGCUCAAACGCUUUGAUUUUCUGAAGGUCCCCAAGAUUUACUGGGAUCUCUCAACAAGGCGUGUUCUCUUCAUGGAGUUCAUGGAAGGUGGACAGGUGAAUGACAAGGCCUACAUGGAGAGGAAUGGCAUCAAUGUUAAUGAGCUCUCUCGCAACUUGGGGAAGCUGUACAGUGAAAUGAUCUUUGUGAAUGGCUUUGUGCACUGUGACCCUCAUCCUGGCAAUGUGCUGGUGAGGAAGUGCCCGGCCACAUGCAAGACACACAUUAUUCUUCUGGACCAUGGGCUGUAUCAGACCCUGACAGACAGCUUCCGCUUGGACUACUGCCGACUCUGGCAGGCCUUGAUCAAAGCUGAUAUGAAGCGAGUGCAGAAAUACAGCCGGAAAUUGGGAGCUGGUGAUCUGUAUCCCCUCUUUGCUUGCAUGCUCACUGCCAGGUCCUGGGAAUCGGUCAACAGGGGCAUCGACCGGUUGCCAGUUACAGCUAAAGAGGACAUGGAAAUCCGGACCAACGCUGCCACUUACCUACCUCAGAUCAACAUACUUCUCAAUAACAUCCCUCGCCAGAUGUUGCUGCUACUGAAGACCAAUGAUUUACUGAGGGGAAUUGAGUCAGCUCUGCAAAUACGAGCCAGUGCCAGCUCCUUCCUCAACAUGUCCCGCUGCUGUAUCCGAGCUGAUGCUGCGUUCCAGAGGAGCAAGACUGAUUCACUCUAUAGGAAGGCACAGAUAUCCCUCUCUGAAGCCCUGGGCCUGUGGCAGAUCAACUUUUAUGAACUCUUCCUGCAUUUGAAGGGCUCCUAUCUGGGGAACUGGGUCAUUGCUUUUCUGAGCUGGAUGCACCGCUGCUCAUAGUGACACGAACUGGUGGGAGAAGCUGAGGCCAUUGCUUCGUAGCCUUUCCCAAGUGUAACAAUCUAUCCAUAUUUAUUCCACUGGAGUUUUCUUGUACAACAUGGUGCUGUCCCUUGUUGCCUUUCUUGGAGUCCCACUCUCUCUGGCAUGGAAAAAGGGGGAAAGCAGCACAAGGCAGCAGCUAGAGUUUGGAGGGAGCCAGAAAUCCUGGUUUCCAGACACAGUUCAUGGAAGGUGAGGUGGCUUGGGUAAGGAAGCUUGACAGCUCUCACUUUUGUUGGGGUGGGCGGUCCUCUGGAUGAAGUCCUUCCUAAAGCAAUACAUUUUCUGUAAGUCCAUACAUGAACAUUCUUCCAUGCCACAGAUUCCUUGAUGCAGCUUAAAAGUCUUCACAAAUUAGUCCCCUAAUAUGUUAUUGGUUCCUCAAGUGGUUACUGCAGAAUCCCUGCACAAAUCCCUAUUUCUACUUAAAAAAAUUUGUAACAAAGUGGCUGUCAAGUGGACAAUGGAUGGGAAGGCGAUCCACUGUCUACUGAAUGAUACUCCUGCUUCAAGAAGGCUGAGAAAUCAAGAGUCAGGCAAGGAGACUUCUGUCCUGACUCUGCCACUGACUAAAUGUGAGACUUUGGACAAGUCCAUUUACAUCUCCUUGGCCUUAAUUGCCUGAUUUUAGAAUGGAGGCAGCACUGCCAGCCUGCCCUUGAAGUGGCCAGAGAGAAGGCACUGCUGAAUGGCAAUGUAUUAUUAUCUCCAGAUUCAUUCAUAAGAUAGUGCUGGUCAUGUAUGUGUGUUGCAAAAGUAAAUAAAGAAGGAUACCCUCUAAUGGGAAGCUGAAGGUA